GAAUGUGUCUGUUCAAAGCAAACAUUUAGAGAGAAGCGCCUUCACAGGUGGAGAGGUGAUAUAAGAGAGAUCUGCCGACCAGCGAAGAGUUGAGAAGACCGAGCGAAAAGAGCAUCAUGGACUUUUCUGCAACAGUUAUCCUGGCGGGGCUGAUCUUAGCCCUGCUGUGGUUGUUUAGGGUCAAAGACAGCCGAAAGUAUCUGUUGCCGCCAGGACCCUUUGCACUCCCUCUGAUAGGAAACUUGCCGCAACUGGACAAAAUGGCCCCUUUUAAAAGCAUUCUAAAGUUCAGUGAAACCUACGGCCCUGUGAUGACCGUCCACCUGGGCUGGCAGCGGGUGGUAUUCCUGGUGGGAUAUGAUGCAGUGAAGGAGGCUCUGGUGGACCAGGCAGACGACUUUACAGGCAGGGGGCCAAUGCCGUUUCUGAUAAAAGUGACCAAGGGCUACGGUUUGGCGAUCAGCAACGGGGAACGCUGGCGCCAACUGAGACGUUUCACACUGUCGACCCUGAGAGACUUUGGGAUGGGACGCAAGGGGAUGGAGGAGUGGAUCCAGGAGGAGAGCAGACACCUGAGGGCCCGCAUGGAGUCCUUCAAAGCCUCGCCCUUUAACCCCAGGUUCUUGGUGAGCCGUACUGUGUCCAAUGUGGUCUGCUGCCUGGUUUUUGGAGAACGCUUUGGUUACGAGGACAAGAAGUUCCUGCACCUCCUCAACACCAUAUCUGAGGUCUUAGAUUUCCUGAACAGUCCUGUUGGUCAGUUAUACAACAUCUUUCCUUGGCUCAUGGAGCAUCUGCCCGGCUCCCAGCACGCUUGUUUUGCUAAAGCUGAGAAGUUGAGAGAGUUCAUUAAGACAAAGAUCCAACAUCACAAAGAGACACUGGACCCCAGCUCCCCGAGGGACUUUAUUGACUGCUUUCUCAUCCGAAUCGAUCAGGAGAAGGACAAUGCCAAGACCGAGUUCCAUCAUGACAACUUGAUCUCCACAGUACUAAACCUCUUCUUUGCGGGAACGGAAACGACCAGCUCAACUAUUAGAUUUGCCCUGAGUGUCCUGAUUAAAUACCCGGACAUACAGGAAAAAAUGCAGAAGGAGAUUGACGGUGUGAUCGGACCAAGCUGUAUUCCCAGCAUGGAGAACAGGAAGUCCCUCCCCUUCACAGAUGCAGUUAUCCAUGAGGUGCAGCGCUUUCUGGACAUUGUCCCCUUCAGCCUCCCUCACUACGCUCUCCACGACAUCUCUUUUAGGGGUUAUACAAUUCCCAAGGAUACCAUGAUUGUUCCCAUGUUGCACUCUGUGCUGAAAGAGGAAAAUAAAUGGGCGACUCCCCAGUCCUUCAAUCCCCAGCACUUCCUGGACCAGAAUGAUAACUUCAAGAAAAAUCCUUCUUUCCUGCCCUUUGCUGCAGGGAAGAGAGCCUGUGUUGGCGAGUCUCUGGCUCGUAUGGAGCUUUUCAUUUUCCUGGUGUCGCUCCUGCAGAAUUUCACCUUUUCCUGCACCGAAGGCCCCGACAGUAUAAACCUCAUUCCAGAGUACAGCAGCUUCGCCAAUCUGCCGCGCACUUACCAAAUCAUCGCCACGCCGCGUUGAGACGAGGCGCUACCCUCUGGCCCUCUAUCGUCGCUUGAAACACCCUUCAGUCCUCCACACACACAGAACAUAAGUUGCUUGAUUGGCUUAGCAAUGUUUGCUGCAAAGGUUUGCUGUGGCUGGCAGGUCCGUCAAAAUGAUUAUGGACUCUCUUGUCUUGUGCUUUGCUUUAAUGUAUUUUAAUCAACUCCUUGUUCCUGUGUUGAUUGUGAACACACUUUCUUUGUUUUUGAGAAUUCAUAUAUAUAUAAUAAUAAUAAUAUAAUUUUAGAUAUUUUCUAAAAUUGUGUAUUUAAAUAUAACAUGAAUUUAAUUAAAUUUUGGAGAAAUCUGCUAUAAAAGAAAAUACAAAAACAGAUAAGUAUUAUAAUGAACUCUCAAACUGUGUAUUUGAGAUUUUUUAUUUCCACUAAUACUACAUAUUGUGAAGUUAAAAUCUCAAAAUCAAACAGCAGAUUUCUAAUGAUAAACUUAACAAGACAUACAUGACAAGUUAUAUAACGGUCUACAUACAAGGGCCAAACUGCUUAAAAACAAAUAUUUCAACAAAUUAAUGAAUAACGAAGAUCAUUAGCAAAAUACACUCCAUUUCAAGUAAUAUGUGCAAAUCCCUUCCAACUGGCCCAUGGGCCCAUGUACCUUUUGAUAGUUCCUUUUACCAUUUAAACCCCUUUUGGUUUUUUGCUUAUAAAAAUAAAAUACAAAGCGUAGCCACCAGAAGUAUGUCAAUUUUCGCAGUAUAAAUCAAUGCAAUGAAAGUACGAGGGUUGCUGUGAGUUGGGCUCAAGAACGCCCUCAAAUUGUUACAUUAUUGGUCUCUUUUGACCAUAAAAAACAUAAAACGAAAACACUGUUUUCUCAUUUUUCGUUUGAAACCAAAAGUGGUAAAGCGGUAGUGGGCGGGUGUUUUUCUUACCAAACCCUAACCCUACCAACCAAAAGACGAGACAAACUUUUACUUCCGUUAAACCCUUUUGGUGUUUUGCCCAUUAAACAAAAAACAAUGUGCUCACAAUCAUUUCAAGUCUGGGUGUGAGGGGGUGGGGGGGGCACGGACAUUACGGCCAUCGUUGGAAAUAUACAAGGGCAAUUUAUGAUAAUUAACGUUUGCCAGAGUGCAGUCAGUGAGAGAUGUUUCCUUUCUUCAUAAGUUACUACCAUCUUGUGGUCAACAACCAAUCUUCUAUUUGGGUAAAAUACAAUUGGUUGAGACUGCAGUUGACUCUGGGUUUCAAGAUUUAAUGUUUUGUUCUUUGGAUGGAGUAUGGAGUAAUCAGCUCAAUAACGGAGACAACUGUGAAUCAGAUGCAAAAAUGUUCAAGCUGUUUGACAUUGCUUCACAUAUUGCUUAUUACGAGAAACUACAAAGAAUUAAAAAUAAAGUUGAA